CCAAGAUUUUGUCCCAAACCAAGCAACCAUGGCGUCCCGAACGAGAUCGCUCUCUCGCGACCGCUACCGCGACCAUUCUCGGUCAUUGACACCGCUGUCAGACCGGUCUCGCUCCCCAGUCCGUCGUCAUACGUAUGAUUCGCGAUCUCCGUCGCGUUCUAGAUCUCCCACGCCGCGACGAAAUGGCAGACAGAGAAGCGAAAGCCACAGCCGGAGCCGUGGAAGAAGCGCUAGUCCUGCCAUCAGAAGCACCAAGAUUGUUGUCGAGCGAUUGACCAAGAAUAUCAAUGAAGCCCAUUUGGAGGAGAUCUUUGGCCAAUUCGGGCACAUCAAGGAUCUUGACCUGCCCAUUAAUAGAACUCACGGCACUAACCGCGGCACUGCUUACAUCCUAUUCGAUACCGAGGCCGAUGCUGAGGAUGCCAUUGCCCACAUGCAUGAGGCACAGCUUGACGGCGCGGUAAUCAACGUUUCAAUCGUCCUUCCCCGGCGCAAAAUGUCCCCAGCACCUCCUGCCGCUCGACGUGGCGGAGGCUCCGAUGCCAGAGGCGGCCGUGGGGGAAGAGCCCAGGGCGGAUUCCACGGUGGUGGAGGAGGCGGACCCGGUCCUUUUGGCCAGAACGGUCCCCGACGGGGUGCAUCAUCACCUCAGGGUCGCUUUGGCCCCAGAUCAGACACCUACCGGCCUCGAUCGCUCUCGCGUUCCCCAAGCCGAUCUCCUGUCGCUGCUCCCCCGUCCAGAGCCGGUGGUGGAAGCAGAUACCGAAGCCGUUCACGAUCAUACUCUCGGUCUCCAUCACCACCCCCGAGACGUGGAGGAGGUGCACGCGGUAACGACCGUAACCGCCGAAGAAGGAGCCCGAGUCGAGACAGCUACGAUAGCUACGAUAGCCGUCGAUCCCGGUCCCCGAGCCGUAGUCGUGAUCGUGGCGGUCGCGGCGGCGGCGGCGGUGGCCGUAGGUACAGAUGAGUCAAGUUUGGAGCACCGCUGGGCGAGAUGGGUUUGGUUUGUGAUUUCUCUUUCAGGCGUUAUGAGGAACGAGGAAAAGUCGGCUGGGAUACCCUAAGGCGGGCGGCGGGCGUGGGCAUUUCAGUCAACCCGUAAGACCUGAUCAUGCCUGCACGUAUUCUCAGCUAAUAAUGCGUAGACGAAUGCUUAGAUUGCUGGAUCUUCACACAUGUUUCACGCCCUAUCUCGACUGGUGACUCGAUGCCAUGAGUCUCCCUUGCCCGCGGAAUUUACUGUGUUUUUUUUGACAUCUUCGGCUUGCAGAGCUGUACUACACCUGAUCACUAAUCAAAAAAAGCCUGCAAUUGUCAAGUGAUAACCUCGCGCGUGGAUCAAGCGUUGCGUAUAGGCUUACGCCGGAGCUUCGUAUGUUGCAAACUGGCAACACGAUUUAUUUAUUUCGGUUGGUCUGAGCAGGCUGAUUGGAUGGUAUUAUGGCGAAUAGGAGGGCGUAGUGCGAAGAUCGGUCAGUCCUAUUUCGGUGCUUUUCGCCUUUGCCGCAAUCCUUUAGCCGAUAGAGCCAACCCGGUGAGUGCAAUGCUGUGGAGUCUUGCCGGCCGUUCCCGCGAUACAUCACGGUUCUCAAAGGUUCCUGCGCUUUCGACAAAGUUCCCGGUCAUCUCGAAGAG